UGCUGGCGGCGGGCGGUGGAACGCGGCGAGGCGGCUGCUGCCGGCCCCCCGAGCGCCGGGGCCGAUCGGAAGACGCUCGGGAUCGCGCCUCCCGCCGCAACCGGCAAACCCCCGCGGCGCGGCAGCUCCCCGCAGGCGCGGCGGCGGCACCGGUGUGGCAGGGGCGGCGGUAGCUACGCGGGCACCGCCGGGCGGCGCCUGGGUCUGGACGCGCCAGGAGCGGCUCGAGCCUCCGCCGAUUCACGAGCAGGUGUGAAUGAGCCCAGGCAUGAUGCUGCCACUGCUGAAGAAACAGCUGAUUUCCAUGUCGUCUGCAUGAACCCUGCUGUGAAAUGAACCAAGCAAGGACUUGUCGUAUGCUUCCUCCCCUCCCUUGCUGAGCACUCCGGAGCCAUUGUUCCAGGGUGGUUUAAUUGUGUCCUCCUCUUGCCAAGGCAAACAUCCCCGUCUCGGAGGAGGCAUCCCCCAAGCUCGUCAGCCGGCCCGACCGUGAACAUGGGCAAAGCUGACGAUGGUGAGCGUGCCCAAGGGACAUGGGUCCCCCUGGGGUCCCGUUUCCAGAAGCAGGACCUCUCAUGAUGCUGGUGUCUGGGAGUGAGCACCAUGCCCAUCACCCAGGACAAUGCCCUGCUGCACCUGCCCCUCCUGUACGAGUGGCUGCAGAACAGCCUGCGGGAGGGAGCCGACAGCCCCGAGCAGCGGCUCUGCCAGGCAGCCAUCCAGAAGCUGCAGGAGUACAUCCAGCUGAACUUGGCUGUGGAUGAGAGUCUAGCCCCACCCGAUCACAGUCCCCCAGAGAUGGAGAUCUGCACAGUGUACCUCACCAGGCAGCUGGAGGACACUGAAACUGUGGGGCUCAGUUUUGGGAACAUCCCUGUUUUCGGCGACUAUGGUGAUAAGCGCCGAGGGGGCAAGAAGAGGAAAACCCACCAGGGUCCAGUGCUGGACGUGGGCUGCAUCUGGGUGACGGAGCUGAGGAAGAACAGCCCAGCAGGCAAGAGUGGCAAAGUCCGGCUCCGCGAUGAGAUCCUCUCCCUGAACGGACAGCUGAUGGUCGGAGUUGACGUCAGUGGGGCCAGUUACCUGGCUGAACAGUGCUGGAAUGGCGGCUUCAUCUACCUGAUCAUGCUGCGGCGCUUCAAGCACAAAGCCCACCUGACUUACAAUGGCAACGGCGGCAAUAGCUCGGAACUGGGAGAGACACCUACCUUGGAGCUGGGUGACCAAACUUCCAAGAAGGGGAGAAGAACAAGAAAGUUUGGGGUCAUUUCCAGACCCCCUAUCAACAAGGCCCCUGAAGAACCCAAGAGCAGCAGCAGCUGUGAUGUGACCGAUGACCCCAAUUCUGAGUUGGAGAACAGCACAGACCCCGAACUCGGAAACGGCCAUGCCUUUGAGCUAGAGAGUGGCCCGCAUUCUCUCAAGGAUGCGGCUGGACCCCAUCUGGAGAGCUCAGAAGGGGACAGAGGGGCAGAACUCAAAAUUCCAAAUACAGAAGCUCCUCUGGACACCAGCAAUGACAAACGCCGUUCCUCAAAGACUGGCAAAACAGAUUUCCAGUCGAGUGACUGCCUGGCUCGGGAGGAAGUUGGCCGGAUAUGGAAGAUGGAGCUGCUCAAAGAAUCAGAUGGGCUGGGAAUUCAGGUUAGUGGAGGCCGAGGAUCAAAGCGCUCACCUCACGCCAUCGUUGUCACCCAAGUGAAGGAAGGAGGUGCCGCUCACAGGGAUGGCAGGCUGUCCUUAGGAGACGAGCUACUGGUGAUCAAUGGUCACUUACUGGUCGGGCUCUCCCACGAGGAAGCUGUGGCCAUUCUGCGCUCAGCCACUGGGAUGGUCCAGCUGGUGGUGGCCAGCAAGGAGAGCUCAGCGGAGGAUCUCCUGAGGCUAACAUCGAAGAGCCUGCCUGACCUGACUAGCUCAGUGGAGGAUGUGUCCUCCUGGACUGACAACGAAGACCAGGAGGCAGACGGGGAAGAUGAAGAGGGGACAGGCUCUGCUACUGUCCGGGGCACGAUGCCCGACUCAGAAGAAUCCCAGGAUGUAGGCAGCUCUGAGGAAUCCAAGGGGAGCUUGGAAAGUCCCAAACAAGGCAACAAUAAGAUGAAGCUUAAGAGCCGUCUCUCAGGAGGUGUCCACCGCCUAGAGUCUGUUGAAGAAUAUAAUGAACUGAUGGUACGCAAUGGGGACCCCCGGAUCAGGAUGCUGGAGGUCUCUCGGGAUGGCCGGAAGCACUCUCUUCCCCAGCUGCUGGAUUCUACUGGGACAUCACAGGAAUACCACAUCGUGAAGAAGUCCACCCGCUCUCUGAGUACCACCCACGUGGAAUCUCCGUGGAGGCUCAUUCGGCCAUCCGUUAUCUCCAUCAUUGGGCUGUACAAAGAGAAAGGCAAGGGCCUUGGCUUUAGCAUUGCUGGAGGCCGAGACUGCAUUCGAGGCCAGAUGGGGAUUUUUGUCAAGACCAUUUUCCCAAACGGAUCAGCCGCGGAGGAUGGCAGACUCAAAGAAGGAGAUGAAAUCCUAGAUGUCAAUGGAAUACCAAUAAAGGGCUUGACGUUUCAAGAGGCCAUUCACACCUUUAAGCAAAUCCGAAGUGGGUUGUUCGUCCUCACGGUGCGCACCAAGUUGCUCAGCCCCAGUCUCACCCCAUGCUCCACUCCCACACACAUGAGCAGAUCGAGCUCCCCAAGCUUCAGCAGCAGCGGGGGACCCCCAGCAGGAGGAGGUUCUGAAGAAGGUGGUUCUUCAUCCUUGGGGCGGAAGGCUCCUGGGCCCAAAGACAGGAUUGUCAUGGAGGUCACACUCAACAAAGAGCCGAGAGUUGGAUUGGGCAUUGGAGCCUGCUGCUUGGCCUUGGAAAACAGCCCCCCGGGCAUCUACAUCCACAGCCUUGCCCCUGGAUCUGUGGCCAAGAUGGAAAGCAACCUGAGUCGGGGUGACCAAAUCCUGGAGGUGAACUCCGUGAAUGUGCGCCAUGCAGCCUUAAGCAAAGUGCACGCCAUCUUGAGUAAAUGUCCACCAGGACCCGUUCGCCUGGUCAUUGGCCGACACCCUAAUCCAAAGGUUUCCGAGCAGGAAAUGGACGACGUAAUAGCGCGGAGUACUUACCAGGACAGCAAAGAAGCCAACUCCAUGCCUGGCUUAGGUACCCCCUUGAAGAGUCCAUCUCUUGCCAAAAAGGACUCACUCCUCUCUGAAGCCGAACUCUCGCAGUACUUUGUCCACGACGGGCAGGGCUCCUUGUCAGACUUCGUGGUGGCUGGCUCUGAGGACGAGGACCACCCUGGAAGUGGCUGUGGCACCUCAGAUGAUGGCAGCCUGCUUCUCGGACCCCCUGUUCACAAGGAGACAGGGAAAGCCAGGGCCAACAGCCUUGUGACACUUGGAAGCCAGAGGACCUCUGGGCUCUUACACAAGCAGGUAACCGUCGCCAGGCAAGCCAGUCUCCCUGGAAGCCCACAGGUCCUCAGGAACCCCCUCCUCCGCCAAAGAAGGAUACGCGGCUAUGACGGCAAUGACGCCAGCGACGAAGAAGACUUUGAUGGUGAAGGGGACUGCAUUUCACUGCCAGGAGUCCUUCCAGACCCCAGCAGGCCUCUGGUAGAUGACGACACUCCGCCCACCUUGACAACCUCUUCCAAAAGCAUUGAUACAAGUAAGCAAGAGGACCGACCCCAGAAACCACUGGUCAGCAAGGCCUGCUCCGUGCCUCUCCUUGGCAGUGUAUUGGACCUAGGGCAUAGCAUCCCUGAUGGAAUGGUGGGUACUCCUCCUAAGGCAUCCAGCCUGCCAGGCUCUGUAGAAACCACCAAGAGUGGGCCUGGAGGCUCUGGGAGAAAGGAACUCUCAGGGUCAAAAAGUUCACCAAAGCUGGAAUACAGAGUCCCCGUAGACACCCAGAGCUCAAGGAGCCCAGAAAAUGCCACCUCCCCACCACAGAAGAAUGGAAAUCUGGUGUCCAGACACAAGCCUGUGGCUAGGAUCAGCCCGCACUACAAGAGGUCUGAUCACCUUGAGGCCCUCAGUGGAACAGCCAACGGACCAUGUGGUCAAGACCUGAAAGUCCAGCCUCCAACCAGGAAAGAUGCAGUCACUGGCCAUCAGCCAAGUGGAACCGCAGAGAAGGAACUUCGGGGAAAUCCCACCCCGGGGGACAGAUAUGUCCCCACCAACUGUGGAGCAGCCAGUAACCCAUGCCACCCAAUCACUGGAUCCCCCACAGAGAGCCUGCAGGGCGGUGCACCAGAGUGCGAGCCACACCCUGAGACUGGACGGGAUGGUUCCUCAGUCCCCCCUCCCCCAGGGAAGAGAAGGGAAGCUCAUCCUGUCUCCAGCGAGACUUCCACCAUCACCGAGCAAGUUGGCCAGCCUUUGUCUCCCAGGACCACGGAGCCUGAGUCCCAGGACGUAUCUAAAGUGAAACCAGACAGCGAGCAGAAUACGUCUCCCAGAGAGAAGGCCUUGGCUCCUCCUGACUUCAGCAGGACUUGGGCUGCACCUGGGGACAGCUCUCCCAACACCAGGAGAGCAGCUGUCCCCAUGAGCACAGGAACAACACCAGCUACCGCCAUCCCCCAUCUCUCCCUUGUGUCCCAAGAAAGGAGUCGAGGUCCCAGCAAGGCCUUGGAAACAACGGGACUCUGCAUACCUAGAAGCUGGAAGGAUGGUCCUCAGCUCGAAGAUACAGCUUGUACGUCUGGGAAGACGUCACAUGCCAGCCCCUCUCUGCCACUGACUCCCUACAGGACCCUGUCAGGGAACAGAGAAAGCCCUGUGACAGACAACUCCAUCGGGGAAGCCUCUGAGGCAAGGUCACAGUUCUCCCAGAAAGCAGACUUUGGGGCUCACCUGGGCAUUUUUGAGGACCAGUCACAAGAAGGAGCUGGGGAUGGCAGUUCCCACCAUGCCCAGUCAGUCGGAAGUGACCACACAUCCUCCCCAAGGAAGACCGAGGGCACAGGCCCUCCCCCGCCCCCACAGUGGGUGUCCCGGCCUUCUGUCUUGGAUUCCAUCCAUCCCGACAAACAUUUUGCUGUGAACAAGAACUUUUUAAACAACUACUCCAGAAAUUUUAGCAGUUUCCAUGAAGACAGUAUCUCCAUCUCGGGCCCAGGAAACAGUACGGAGCCAUCACUCUCAUCCAUGUACGGCGAUGCUGAAGACUCCUCUUCCGACCCUGAGUCUCUUGCCGAAGUGUCACAAGCAGCCGCCAGGAACAGCUGGUUGCCUCCCCAUUCUCAUGGGUCCUCUCAUCAGGGAGGAACUAGUGAGUCUGAGGAUGAGCAGAUAGAAAUUUGCUCCGCAAGUGGCUGCCCCGAGAACCCGGGCACUGCCCAUCCCCCUGCCCGGGCUGCACUCUGUCGAAUUCUGCCACUCCAGGACAGCGCUCUGAGUGAGCCGGCGGCGGGGGGCGCCUGUGAAAGAGUCUGCUCCUUGCCAGGGACUUCACAAACCUCCAUCUCAAGCUCUUCCCAGCUGUUUUCCUUCCUGGAUGUCAGCUCUCAGGAGCAUGAGAUGCAGGCGGGCCUAAAUGCUUCACAGAGCCGCAGGCCCUCACGCACAGAAGAAAUCACGGCCACCACCGGCACGAGCUCAGUUGUGGGAGACAGCCAGCCUUCAGAAAUGGCCGGCCAUGGUCACAACCUGCCAUUUGCACUUAGGAACUCGAAUGUGGUGAAUGGCUUGGAAUGUGACCUGCUGGGUAAAGGAAGCCCAGAGGAAGAAGCUGAAGGAGCCACCGCUAGCGUGAUGCACGGUAUCUGCGCCCCGGGUGCCGAGGGCCCGAAGAAUGGAGAGACUGUUUCAGCAGACCUACACAUUGCCAAGAGUCACAACCCGGACGAUUUACUACAGAAACCAAAAACAAUCUCCAGGAGGCCCAUCAUGGCCUGGUUUAAGGAAAUAAAUAGAAAUAGCCAGGUUACACAUUCACAAAGCAAAUCUGAGACGGAACAGUCCUCAACACUGGCUACAAGUCCCGGCUCCAACGCCCAGAUAGUGAGCACCAACCACAGCAAGGGGGUGGCUGUGACUAAGAGUUUUCCUCCAGUGCAGAAGAGCGAGGAAAAUACAGACCUCCCUAAGAAAACUCCAGUGGAAACACAAAACUGUCAGAAACCCAAGUACGGCCCUAGGCUGAGGAGACUGAGUGGCAGAGGCAAAAGUGGUCCCGAGGCCCCCUUGGCCAGUUCUGUCAAGGCCAGCGGAACCGACCACAGGAAGACCUUGGUUUCACCCCAGGCCUCCCAUACAAUGCUUUCUAAGGCGGUGUCACACCGGCUCCACAUAGCUGACCAAGAGCCUAACAACGCUCCUGUGGACACCCCCAAGCCUCCCCAGUGCAUGCCUGAGGGCAAGCCACCCCUGGCUCCCUCGGGGCCACCAAGGACCUCGGCAUCAGACACGGGCAUCAGAACCUUCGCUUUACCCCUGACCUCCCCCAAGACUCUCCCUGAGCAAAGUACAAGCAGUCGGUUCCACAUGGCUGUCUGCUCGGAAUCUGACACAAGUUGUCUGGCCGUCUCCAGGUUCCCAGGGUGUGGAGUGGAGGGCAAGGUGUCCCAUGGUGACUCCGAGUCAGUGAGUCCCACAGCACCACGGAUCAGACAGAGCAGGCCGCUCACACCCAGCCGACUGGACUUGGUGGUGUCAGAAGCAGCCCAGCCCGGAGGGAUCAUUGAGAACGGAAGUGAAAAAAUCACUAGGGAUCCUGUAGAAGGGACAAACCAGGUGAAAAUAGUUGAUAUUUCUUCUGAAAGAAUGCCAAAGAAUGUGUGUGGUGACAAGCCACCUGAUGGUGACAGACAGGGAGGGCUCUUGACCCAGAGCGGCUGUAGGGAAAAGAGUGGCCUCAGUCUCCGGCAGUUGGCAGGGUCACCUCUCUCUCAGGCCUCCCAGGUGGAGCGGGAAACGUGCUGGCCCUUCGGCAUAGCCAAACCAGCCUCCUCCCUGCAGCUACCUGCUAAGACGUCAGAUUCCUCCCAAGGCAGACCAAGCCAGAUGCCAGCCUCCCUAGGGGUGCCCAAGAAUGGUAUACCCAUAGGCCCCGGGGGAGAGGAGCACCCCUACUUCACACCGAGGCCAGCCACCAGGACUUACUCCAUGCCAGCCCAGUUCUCAAGCCACUUUGGACGCAAAGGUCCUUCCCCACAUAGCCCAAGCGGCUCGCCUCAAGAUCCCCAGGUCCCUGUGAUGAGUACCGGUCUCUCUGAGACCAAGGCAGCCAAAGGCAUGACUAAUGGACAGGGUACGUACAGUGUGAAGCCUCUUCUGGAGACAUCAAAGAACCUGCCACCUAUGGAUGGAGGGGACGCCAGUGCAGUCCCUGAGGCGAGCUGCCUCGUCCCAGACAAGGUCAAAGCCACUAGGAGGCAUCACUACUAUGAGCAGAACUGGCCCCAUGAAUCUACCUCGUUUUUCUCUGUGAAGCAGAGGAUCAAGUCUUUUGAGAACCUGGCCAAUUCUGACCGGCCCGCAGCCAAGUCCACCACAUCCCCGUUCUUAUCCGUGAGCUCCAAGCCUCCCGUUAGCAGGCGGUCAUCUGGCAGCAUUACUUCAGGGAGCCUCAGCCACCCCAGCGACGUGACAGCAAGGUCACUGAGGCGAAGCCUGAGUUCCUGCAGUGAAAGCCAGAGUGAAGCCAGCGGCCUUCUUCCGCAGAUGACCAAGUCCCCGUCCAGCAUGACGCUGACUGUCUCCAGGCAGAAUCCACCAGAGACUAGCAGCAAGGGCCCCAGUUCAGACCCAAAGAAAUCACUCGUCCCUGUGGGAAUUCCCACUUCAACAGGGACCCCAGCCUCCUCACCCACAAAGAGAAACAAGUCCUCAGUACGCCACACCCAGCCUUCACCUGUCUCCCGAUCCAAGCUCCAGGAGCUGAGAGCCUUGAGCAUGCCAGACCUGGACAAGCUGUGCGGUGGCGAGGACUACUCCGCCAGCCCGGGUGCCGGGCUCUUCAGAACCCAGCUGGAAAUCAUCCCCAGAAGGUCCCUCGGUUCCCCCGCUACCUCUCCAGCUGGCUCCCCAGCUAGAGGUCAUCCAGGCCUCGACAGAGCAGCCUCCCUUGCAUGUCCUGUGAAUGGUAGGACCAGAGUCUUCCCAGGAGGAAGCACUCCAGUCAGUGACCACGCGGUACCCACUGGAGUCAGGGAAGGAAAUGAACCUGCUCGGGUCCUACCUUCUGGGAGAAGCUGGUCGAUAACUCUGGAUCAACUCCUUGCCUCAGCGGGGGACCAGCAGAAAUUGCAGGCUGUUUUAUCAUCAGUGGGCUCAAAAUCUACCAUUUUCACUCUCAUUCAGGAAGCGAAGGCACAAUCAGAGAACAAUGAAGACACUUGCUUCAUAGUCUUGAAUAAAAAAGAAGGCUCAGGUCUUGGAUUCAGUGUGGUAGGAGGGGCAGACGUGGAGCCAAAAUCAGUCAUGGUCCACAGGGUGUUUUCUCAGGGUGUGGCUUCUCAGGAAGGGACCCUGAGCCGAGGGGAUUUCCUUAUGUCCAUCAAUGGCACUUCCUUAGCUGGCUUAGCCCACAGUGAGGUUGCGAAGGUUCUACACCAGGCCCAGCUACACAAACACGCCCUCAUGAUCGUCAAGAAAGGGAAUGAGCAGCCUACGCCCUCUCUCAGGCAGGAGCCUCCCUCCUCGGGGAGAAAGGGUCCACUCCCCAGAAAGACCUUGCCACUGGAGCCAGGAGCUGGGAGAAAUGGAGCUGCUCACGAUGCUCUGUGUGUGGAAGUGCUGAAAACCUCAGCGGGGCUGGGGCUGAGUCUGGAUGGAGGGAAGUCAUCCAUGUCUGGAGAUGGGCCCCUGCUAAUUAAAAGGGUGUACAAAGGUGGCGCAGCGGAACAAGCCGGAACAAUAGAAGCUGGCGAUGAAAUCCUUGCUAUUAAUGGGAAGCCUUUGGUUGGGCUGGUGCACUUUGAUGCCUGGAAUAUUAUGAAGUCUGUUCCAGAAGGGCCUGUGCAGCUAGUGAUUAGAAAGCACAGGAAUCCGUAAGUCUUAGCCAGAAUCCCCUCCCCCAGACCCACUUCUUUUAGCAAACCAGAAUGACUUAAGGACGGAUGGGCUCUGGAAUCAAUACACAGCUGAUACAGAUAUCCACAACUGUACUUUACAUAAGCCUGGACCACCGAGGCUGGGGAGUGUCAUUUCGUUCAGUGCCUGCCCCUGCCGCCCCCCACACACAUUUGCAGUGGAUCAAGAGCUCAUCUGUUCUUCUAGAACACCUAGCUACACCUUUGCAUCCUUCUUGCCAACUCUCCCAGCAUCAGUCCUGGUGAGUGGGGACCAGAAGGGUAACAUAAAUGCCCCAGCUAAAAUGAUGUAUGUAUGUAGAUUUAUAUAAUUUUGUAAGUAAAUGACAUAGUGCUUUUAGGUACAUACAUGCAGUGGAAGGCAGAGCUAUGGGUCUAUGUAUGUUACCCUGAAAAAGAGACUUAAAAGAAAAUGAAUUUAUGACCUAAUUGUUAGGCAGAGCUCAGGAAUUAUGCAACAGUGAAAAAGAUGACGAUAUUAAAAAGUGCUAUUUUUUAAUGAACGUAAUGUAUGAUGUGGACUGGGAAGUUCUGAUCAUUUUCUGUUUCUGAGAGUGUAAGUCAUAAGGCUGUUACAGAGUGACAGUUCCGAUGAAUUGCAAUAAAUAGCUGAGAACUUCCCUGCUCGGGAGGAGGGAGUUCUAGCCUGAAAGCACCUUGCAUCUAGUUUUCAAAUUUGAGUGUAUGUUUGAAUUCAAGACUGGUCAACAUAAGAGCAGGCAAAAUAGUGUGUUUCUGUGCCCACACACACGCACACCACCUUAAAGGCAGUUGAGAGUUUAAUCCUUCAUCUUGCAAAUGUAGUCUGUGGUCCUAACGGAGUUUCUUCUGUGCAUCCUCUAUGGAGAUUUCCCUGUUGGUUUUGUUCCUUUCCUCCACCAGAUCUAGAGCAACACAGAGUCUGUGGUCCGGCUCUCUUCCCUGACAGCUCUGCAGUGGCUCAACUUUUUGCUAUUUUUGGUUUUUACCAUUUUGCGAAUUUUGCUCUUGCCAAAACUGGGGUCCCGCAGACCAUUCUGACUCAAGGUUUAUGAAACACCUCUGGCUGCCUUGAGCCUCUCCGGAGCCCUCCCUCCUUACAAAGCUGGCUUUCUGCCUCUGCACUGACCCGAUUUUCUGAAAUCCCAAAGCCUCACCAGCUUCACUUACCAAACAAGGAGAAAAAUGGGAAACCAGGGUGAGUCCCUCUCAAGGAAAAGGACUGUACAGUGCUUCCCAUCCGAUCCUCGGGAUGCCACCCAGGGCUGGGUCCUGAGGGUCUGGGUGGAAACAUGCAUUUGUCAACAAUCUCACAUGCAUGAUGCUACGAUUUUGUUUCUUUAACCACAGCUGGGUCUAGGGGGAAAAAAAAAUCACUGAGGUGCUGAGCUGUUGCCUUUGUACAUCGUGUUUUCCUGAGCCCUUCCCUGCUGGCCAUCUGUAGAGUACACCCAGAGGGUCCUCAGAUGGGCACAAAAUAACUGGCUCAUUUUCAGCAGGUUUCACAAAGAGUUAGCUAGAAAAGCCUGAUUUAGCAUCUACUUUUCAUUACAGUUACAAGUAGGAUACUAUAAGACGUCAGUGCAAGGUGCAUGCUAAGUUGUUAGUCUCUGGGGUCAGUUUCAGCUUUCUUACUUGAAUGAUAAUUUGAAGUCAGCACGAUAAACUUUUUUUUCUUUUUGCCUCCACUCCUUUACAGUCAUGCCUAUUAAUAAGUCAAGUCCAGUCCUUUGUGAUCAGAUAGGACUUUCUAGAGCGAUGGAAUGGUCUGAGUGUUCCCAGAGCUCCUAGCUUUAUUACGCAAGGAGGACCUCUGGCUUACCACACUAUACAUCACCAGGCAUCUGGCUGGCUAGCCUGUCUUCGACCCUGAGCUAGAAAGCUAUUUAUCUGUCUUCAGUGUUCAAGGCAUGACUAGUACUGCUAAUUAGUCUAAUAAAGCCCCACUCUUCCUGCGUGAACACUAAUGGUAUUGUUCUAAACCUGUUUUUUUUUAAAGUGGUCAGUCAUUCACAGUGAACUAUGAGGGUAAAAUGUGUCAAGACAUAAAUCGUAGUUGUAAGAAAAUACUAUGAUGGCUCAAGUAGGUGGGGUUUCAUUUCCGCCCUCCCUCACAUUGCAUUGUAUGGUUGACUUAAUUGGCACCACGCCUGUUGUACAUUAUACAUUAUUUAUGUAAAAUAAAAUGCCUUAUAUAUUAAAGAGUAAGUGCAAUAAUAUGAAAUGGCCUGUACAUUUAAAAAAUGUUGCCGCCAGUUAUGUAAAUCCACGUCUCUGUAAACAAUUUUUUAAGUAAUUUUCAAAAAAUAAACACUGCUUACUACUU